AUGCCAAUCGAUCAGGAGAAGCUAGCUAAGUUGCAGAAGCUUUCGGCAAACAACAAGGUCGGUGGUACCCGUAGAAAGCUAGCUAAGAAGUCGGGGACGGCUUCCGCCAACAAGGAUGACAGCAAGUUGCAGGCGCAAUUGGCUAAGUUGAAGGCGGUGACCAUGGACCAAGUUGAGGAGGCCAACUUCUUCAAGGACGACGGCAGCGUGCUACACUUCAACAAGGUUGGUGUGCAGGUUGCGCCCCAGCACAACACGUCCGUGUUCUACGGUAUCCCACAGGAGAAGUCCCUACAAGAUCUCUUCCCUUCGAUCAUCCCUCAGUUGGGUUCUGAGUCCAUCGAUGCGUUGACGCAGUUGGCCACACAGUUGCAGAACGCACAGGCUGCAGCUCCAGCAACCGAGGGCCAUGAGGCAGGCGAGAAGAAGGACAACGACAUCCCAGAGUUGAUUGAGGGCCAGUCUUUCGACGCGGAUGUUGAAUAA